AUGAGUAGCCCCAAGUCAGUGAAGCUGGGUGGUAUCCGCAACGGCAUUCGCAACGCCAUGCGCCGGCUCCUGCGCAAACCGCUGCCAGCUGCCGACGGGUCUGGAGGCUCCUCGCCAGCUGGCGGCCAACAUGUCGACAGCAGCUUCCCUAACGGCAAUGCAAACGGAGCAUCGUCCGCAAAGGACUUUCCCCCACCUUCGCUCAAUCACGUUGGCAGUCCUUCUGCUGCUACUGUUACUGCUCCUGGUAUCGGAAACCACAGCGACGACUGGUCUCAGGCUCUCAACGGCGACUUUUCAGACAUUGUCAAGUCGCACGCUCACGACGACGAGGCAACUAUUCUGAGGAAUACAGCCGUUGCUGCAGACAAUAAGCAAAGACACGAGGCCACCAUCCUGGGAAAUACAGCCGCCGUUGCUGCAGAUGUCAACCAAAGAAAAGACCUCAUCACGACAGACGAUACGACCAUGGCUCCUCCUCAGCCUUUGACGGAGCAGACGCGACCAACCCAAAAGGCCCCCGUCGCCUCAUCCCACAUCCAGCCCAAGGAGGAAAACAAGGAAAAUGUGCCCCCCGAGAGGCUCACAGACUCCCUGGCCAGCCUCAAGAUUGCAGAUUCGCCUCAAAAGUGCGCUGCAAUCAAGACGCCCGAGGCCCUGGUUGUUCAAGAGCCCGUCGAAGCUGACGAACAACCGGAAAUCGAUUACAGCUUCCUCAAUGACCCUGUCAUUGCCGCUGAACGCGCCCAGCAUCUGCGAUUCAUCGGUGAGGCCCUGGAUAUGGCCCGCCUCGCCUUGAAAAUCAACGAAACUCCUGUCGGCUGCGUUUUGGUCCACGACGGCAAGGUCAUUGCCAGAGGGAUGAAUGCCACCAACGUCACCCGCAACGGCACACGCCAUGCAGAGUACAUGGCUCUUGCCGCCUUAUUCUCCUACCCGAACAAAGAAGGCCCGCGCACAACUCGCCUCAAACCCAAGGAGCUGACGGACAGAGAGGAAGAGCAAAAGGCUGCUCGCUUGGCAGCCAGUGAAGAAGAGAGGGCUGCUCAAGUGGCGGCAGGUGAGGAAGAAGCCCCAGAUGAGAUAGAAUUACCCGACGCCAUCUCGGAAACGCUGUCCACGGAUGUGUCGCCUCAUGAAGGCAACGAGGACGGCAAAAAAGGACACCUAUACCCUUAUGGACAAAAGAUGCUCGACAUUGAACGUGUAGACAGGUCCAUUGUCUCCGAGAGCGUGCUCUACGUCACCGUGGAACCCUGCAUCAUGUGUGCCUCGCUGCUGCGCCAGCUCAAGAUCAGAAAGGUCUACUUUGGCGCUGUCAAUGACAAAUUUGGAGGCACUGGCGGCGUUUUUAGCCUGCACGCAAACUCGCUGCCGGUUAGGGAGGACGGCCAGACGGCGAGCGCGCACCCCAUUGCCAAGCCUAUCCAGCUGCCCGAUGGCACGGGAGGUAGCCUAGGUGUGUCGUUUCCUCCUGGUGGAGGUGAUGGCGGUAAUGUCGAGCGGGGGUAUGAGAUUGAGGGAGGUUGGGGACGUGACGAUGCCGUUGCCUUAUUGCGACGCUUCUAUGUACAAGAAAACGGGCGAGCCCCUGUGCCCCGAAAGAAGGAGGGCAGAGCUGCUCGACUAGCUGCCAUGAUGGGGCAGGACGACGAUGAGACGGCGACCCCUAGCGAGGGUGCCGACACGAAUGAGGCAGGCGACGAUGGGCGCAAAGAAAGCAGUGAAUCGAGCUUCGACGAUAGCGACGGCGAUGAGCUUUAUGAUGCUUGA